AUGACGGGUCAGAGUGGAGAACCAGCAGAUUUUCUGCUAUCAUCCCUUCUCGCAAGCAGCCAAAAUCCCCAGGAUCUUUUCAGCCCCCCAACUUUGGCAGAGAAUAUUCCUGUCGCGAGGCACACAUCCAAUCUCAAGCUGGACCACGAGGCUCGUCAGCUUUUGUCGCAACUUAAGAAUGCAGGAUCGACUAUGGAGUCCAGCAACUUGGUCAAGCGGCUUUUGCAAAAGGCGGGAACCAACUGCGAGAUCAAUGACGCCGAUCCGUACGGAGAUGGAGAUCAGACCGUCGUGGAAUCCAGUGACAGUGACCGCCAAAUUCUACGCGAGCUCUUUUCAGACGGAGGGGAUAUUCUACUCUGGUUAACGAUGGAAUUCCAAAAGACCACCUCAACAAACAGCUUCCUCCGGAAUUGUGUCAUGGGAAAGCCCCGAGCCGUCGAAAAAGAGCUAAAGAUGACUCCCACACUUCAAGGUCGGAUGGAGCUCCUGGAGCGACGUUUCACUUCCAUGCGGUUGACCCCAUUGGUCCUGACCAUUGCCAUCUCCAAGCUUCCAGGUUUUAUCCAGGGAUGCUCUGGGAGACCCUUCGAGGGGAUGGAACAUGAGGAAGUCGUUCGCAUCUUGUUGCAAUAUGGAGCACGCCCCAACUCCAAGGAUGUUGUUGGAAAGACUGCCUGUCACUAUGGUGCGGGGUCCAAGGCUACCAAGGAUACCAUGAAGCUGGUUGACAUGUGCAUUUCUGCUACCAAGACCUGUUCUCAUGUUGGCAAGAGGGUUGUACUGAAGGGACUCAGCAAUGAUGCAUGCAAUGAUAUGGAGGGAACCCUUGGUGGAUGCAUUUCCAGCAAUGGUCGGCGUGUCUUUUAUCCACUGAUGGAACCUGCCGAGGAAAUGGCAGUCAAGCCCGAGAACAUUUUUGUGUCCAUGGAAGACGACGAGCAGCUGUGUAUCUUGGACAAGUCCCUCCGUACUACCAACCUUGUUGACCUACAAGAUCGAGUUGGAGCAAUCUCCCUUCAUGAAGUUGCCAUGUCCGAUCGACGGGAUGUGGUAAAAUUUCUGCUCAAGAGAUCCACCAAGUGCCUGGACAUUGUGGAUUGCAGUGGCUACUCCCCUCGAAGAUUGCUCCUUACAUCCUUUCAGGGAGAGCAUGUUGUCAAUGAUGUCUUUUCCGCUCAUGUGAAGACCACCACAAAGAAAAAAGAACAGAAAGCAGCAAACAAGGAGGCCUGUGCCAAUUGUGGCAUCAUUGCCCGUGAUUUGGGCCGGCAGUUGCUCCAGUGUACCAAGUGCCUUGACUCAGCGUACUGCUCCAGGAAGUGUCAGGUGUCUCACUGGAAGAAAACUCACAGCAAGGUGUGUCCUGACCGGGAAAGAGAGCUGGGAGUAGUCAUUGGCGAGGCAAUGCCGAUACCUCGAGGUUUCUUUGUGGGUUGCAACCAUUACACCCAAGAAGAGGUGGAAGCUUGGGAGUGCAAGGCACCCGAUGGGGUCCAUCCGGGUCAGACAUUUUGGGUGAAAGUGCAAUGCGAGGACGGAUUGGAUACGAGCUUGCUGAUUUCUGACCAAACCAGAGCCUGUCACUUGCCACUGGCUGUUGGCAGUCUGGGCCAUGAGGAGUUGGUGAAAUGUGUCAGUGCCAAUCCGGCCUUCCUGGGACGAAAGGGCUACUAUCGUGCCAAGUUCAAUGGAGAGGGGCAACUCGUCAUCUUCCCACACACUUCCACAGUAAAAAAGUGGUGA